ACCUUCCGCGUAGGCUUAAACCGCGAUCCUUUCUCACCGCGGUGAACCUGCCUGUCUUUGCCCGGCUCAAAGAUGCCAUUAAGGGCUGGAGGGUCUCCGUCUGACCGUGCUGGAGAUUGAAAUGGCGCGUUGGGCUUCAGGCGGGCUGUGGGGGCGCUUUCUGCUCUGCCUGCGUUCACGUCCCUACACUCCAUCCUGCUUUAAUGCACAUCACCGUGUGACAGAUGCGGGGGGCAUAGACAAGUUUGGCUCUUAUUCCUCAAACGUGAUGGGGUCGCAUUCAAAACGUGCUUACUAGCCUGCUUUUAUCAGCUCGCUCCUCAACUACUAUGAGCUUCUGUCUGUUUUAGUUUAGUAGGAAAGCAAACGCAACACUGAGUUCUGUGUCUGGAUCUCAGACAUGGCAAUCAGGUCACAGGUACUUCACUGAAACGCCUGUUUGUCGGUGGAAAAAAUGGAAAACGGAUCGGAUUCGAGCUCAAAUAGGUUCCCGACGUAUGAAUAAGAGAGAUCAAGCGUUCAUGUGCAGGCAGGGCUGAGCUAAUUGGAGGCUAAUCCUUUGCCCCCGGGGGGCGAGAGGAGAGCCCGGAGCAAGACUUCAUCUCUCUCAGCCCCUGUCCUCUGUUAUUCGGGGAGGAAACGCCUGGCUUCGGUGCGCUCUCACGCUUCGCCAACAACAAAAAAGAAAGAAAUAAAAAAAAAAAGCACACGACUCGAGGACGGGAUCGAUCUCAUGCUUUAAAGAGGGUGAAGAUACAACAGCAGCGAUGUCUUCCAAGGAGGGAAGAAGCAUGUCUCGUCUCUCUCUGACCCGCUCUCCGGUGUCUCCUCUGGCCGCUCAGGGGAUCCCUCUUCCAGCUCAGCUGACUAAAGCCAACGCUCCGGUCCACAUUGACGUAGGAGGACACAUGUACACCAGCAGCCUGGCCACUCUCACCAAGUAUCCAGACUCAAGAAUCAGUCGUCUGUUCAACGGCACAGAGCCAAUCGUGUUGGACAGUCUGAAGCAGCACUACUUCAUUGACAGGGAUGGGGAGAUAUUCCGCUAUAUUCUGAGCUACCUUCGGACCAGCAAGCUGCUUCUCCCUGAAGACUUCAAGGAGUUCCAGCUGCUGUAUGAGGAAGCCCGUUAUUACCAGCUGAGCCCCAUGGUGAAGGAGCUGGAGCGCUGGAAGCAGGAGCGGGAGCAGCGGCGGACGGCGCAGCCCUGUGAGUGUCUGGUGGUGCGCGUGACCCCUGACCUGGGUGAACGGAUCGCUCUGAGCGGCGAUAAGGCCCUCAUCGAGGAGAUUUUCCCUGAGACAGGAGACGUCAUGUGUAACUCAGUCAAUGCUGGCUGGAACCAGGACCCCACUCACGUCAUCCGCUUUCCACUCAAUGGAUACUGCAGACUUAAUUCUGUACAGGUGCUGGAGAGAUUGUUCCAGAAGGGCUUCACCAUGGUGGCAUCGUGUGGAGGAGGAGUGGAUUCGUCUCAGUUCAGCGAGUACAUCCUGAGUCGCGAGGACAGACGUUGUCAGACCAUCCACACUCCCAUCCGGAUAAAGCAGGAGCCGCUGGACUAGCGAGCCAAACAGCAACGAGAACCACCUCAAACAGACCCUCAAUGAGAGACCAGCAGUGGACAAGGAUAAAGACAGGAGUUUGGACCUCUCUGCUGGUUCAGUGGACUAUUUAGGACUUUGUGAAGAUGGAACUCUUUAUCCAAAUAAUGAAAAAUGUCAAGUCCCUAGACUGAAUAAAGGGACGUCUUUAAAA